GUUCCGUACGAUUUGACCAUCACGUUGACCAUGACGUAGAUGGGAAACGACCAUGGUUUGGUUGGUAGUAGUUGGCCAAGAAUUUUUCUGCUGGCUGAAAUCUGAAUGAUUUUUUUCAGGACUGGAAGGUUUAGUUGUUUCAAUUCAAUGUUUUUGUUCUCUUAGUUACAUAAAAUCAAAUUUUCUUAAUGGAAAUGAGCCUCCUUUUUGAAAUGUUCAUUCAACGAGCGGGUGAAGUUCAACGGACGGUUUACUCUUGCAUAUUUCUUCUUGAUCAAACUAGCCUCCAAAUGUCGCAGAUUUGAACAAAUCAUAAACGCGAGAAGGUACAGACAUACAGGCAAGCCCUUUUACUUGUGCCAAAAGCCACUUUUUGAGAAGCCUUUAAAUUGCAUGAAAACACCGAUUGACAAUGCCAAUCUCUUGCUCAUUAUACAACAUUUUUUGCAAAAUCAAUUUUUGGAAAUCUUUAAACUGCAUAAAUCUUGAAAACUUGAACUGCCAGUUGCCUAACCGCGAUAAAGCCAAUAUAAAUUUCAGUAUCUAAGUAUCUAUUUUUAAAUGCAAACAAUUAUAAAACUAGCUCAAUGUUUCAGUGCUAUAUUUAUAAUCUAACGAGGAAUAACUGUGGCCCGGUGCACUGCGAAGACAUUCUUCUGCUAGUGAAAAUGACUGCUAAAACCUACAAAAUCACCCAGAGUGAUUCGCUGGGCCGGUAUAUGGUGGCUAAAAGGCAGCUGAAGCAGGGCGAGCUGAUUUUAAAGGAGGAAGCUGUUUUAGUGGGUCCGCACCUCAAUGGCCCAGCCAGAUGCUUCAAAUGCCUCAAAACCAUCAACCUCCUCAUGUGCUCGUUUUGCAACCAAUGCAACACGGCUCUAAUGUGCACCAACGACUGCCAAGGCAAGCACCAUUCGGACGACGAAUGCCUCACAUUGAGAACCCAGAAAAUCAAGGGUCAAAUCCUAGCGGAAAACCCGUCAGUGAUUUUUCCCUUGUGCUGUCUUCUACUGGGCAUCUACAACCCAGAGGUUUAUGAAGAAAUCAUCAGCAUGGAGUCGCAUUUGGAGGAGCGGAGAAACACGCCCAUUUGGAGACGGCACAAAAUAUCAGUGGAAGAUAUUCUGAAAGAUACCAACCUGCUCACCCCACAAGACCUACAAGAGGAGGUUGUACAGAAAAUCUGUGGUAUUCUGGAUGUAAAUUCCAUAGAGGUAAAAUGUGUUCGGCCGGCAAACCUCUCAAACCUGCCGAUAGUUGAUCCGGAAAAGCAGUGUCUUAGAGGGCUUUACCCUAAAGUCGCGAUGAUUGCCCACAAUUGCCUACCGAAUGCCUAUCUUGCCGCUGAUGAUAACUUUUCAAUCAGCGUCUACGCAAAAGUCGACAUCAAAGAGGAGGCGCCCAUUUUUAUCAACUACACCAAUGUGCUGCAGGGAAAUCAAGAACGCCAACUGAGUUUACUGGAAGGAAAGUACUUCACUUGCACCUGUAGCCGUUGUCGCGAUCCUUCGGAGCUGGGCACCGAAAUCAGCUCAUUGAUUUGCCAUAAAUGCAGAAAAGGCUUCCUCCGAUACACGGAACUUGAGGAGAAUUUCCAGCUCUGGAAAUGUUCCGAGUGCAAGCAAUGCUUCAAGGACUUUCUAAUCAAGCUGGCUAUAGAAGAAGCAAAGAGACGCAUUGAUGAUUUGGAUCCAACGGAUGUCCAGCAGAUGGAAAACCUCUACAAGAAGCUCCUGCUGACCUUCCAUCCCAACCACUAUCUGCUGCUGGGCCUCAAGCAAGCCCUAGUUUCCCUCUACUCAAAACUGCCUCCUACCAAGAGCAAUUUGAACAGAAAAAUCGACCUUUGCGGAAGAUUGAUGUCGGUCUUUGGCAAGCUUGAACCGGGAAUAUCCAGGAUUAAAGCUCUGACAAUGUACGAACUGCAGUCAGCCAUCGUGGACAUUUCAAACAAGCAAUACAGAGAUAAGGAAAUAGGCGAUGAAGAGUUGAUAAGCGAGCUGCAAACAGCGGAGAAAAUCUUGAAGGAUUCGGUUAAAUACCUGCUCUAUGAGCCACCCAAGAGCCCUGAAGGCCGAAUGGCUCAGAUGGGGCUAAAUGAGCUGAAAAUGCUGCGCAAUUCCAUUCAGAGUAUCCAAAAGGAUCUGGUAGUCAGCAAGGAGCAGCAGGGCGAUAAGAAGGCGGAAAUCGCGAGGCGGCUAAAGGAGAAGUUGGAGAAAAAUAGAGAAAAAACCCAGAAAUCCUGCGAAGGUGUGAUUACGCCUGAUGGUGGAGACGGUGAAAAUGGGAAAUUGGCAAAGCCUGGCGGCAAAAAGAGGAACAAGAAGAAAACUGUGACGUGAAAAAACUCGUCCAAUUCAGACUGUGUUACUUUGUAACUGUGUUCCCUUUGUUUCCCUCCAAUUAGUCUUAUAGCCAAAAUGAAGCACAAUUAGGAAAUAUCUUCAUUUUAUUUAAUAGACAACAUAUAAAUAUAGGAAUUUAUCGGUGUAAACAUUUAAAGGGCAGCUGCAAGCCGAAACCAUUGACACCAAUAAAGCGGUAGUAGAACA